AUGUAUAGUUUAUCGUCAAAUCAACAAACUAUUUUACAUGUGAAGAAAUCCUUGAUUUUGACAAAGAUCGCUGCAGUUUCUAAUCAUAAUCGUGACCGUCAUCUGGCAAGAAUCGUUGCGGGCAAUGCAGAAAACUUACGUACACAUCUGGAAUCAAUGUGUAAUAUUCUGCGGCCCGACGAUCGCCUCACGUUGAUGGUCCAAUUGGAAAGUGGCUUCCCAAAUCGUUUUCGUUACCUAGUCAUUAUUACAUGUAUUGGUAAACAACAAACAGAAGAAUCGGCACUUCUUGGUUUUGAUGUUACUACAAAUGAGAUUACAAUUGGUAUGACAUUACCAAUAUGGGCCGAUUUAGAUAUGUCACUUGACGGUGAUGGGACUGCUUAUCAGAGUUUACAUAAAGUAUCAAAUCAAGCUCGUCAUUAUAAUUAUAUAGCUAAUAAUGGUCUUACACAUAGUUGGUUAGAACAUUAUCGUAAUAUGGAUAUACGAUCGAAUCAAAUCUAUAUUAACGAAUGGAAUCAAAUGGAUGAUAUAUUAUCACAUCGUAGUGAUUCACCUCAUUUAUAUCAACCAUUAUCAUCAGAUGAAGAAUCACUUCGUACUCGAAUACGUGUUAAACUAAAAGAAAUUAUGUUACAAGUUAAUCUUGAUGAAGUAACACCAAAAUUUUUACGUGAACAGUUAGAAAAUGCAUUUGAAAUGUCAUUAUCUUCAUUUAAACAAUAUAUUGAUGAUGAAAUGCUUCAAAUUCUUGCACAAAUGGAUAAACCAACAAUGAUUUUACCACAUCUUUAUCUUGGUUCAGAAUGGAAUGCAUCAAAUUUUGAAGAAUUAAAAUCAAAUAAUAUUGGUUAUAUAUUAAAUAUUUCACGUGAAAUAGAUAAUUUUUUUCCUGGACAUUUUAAAUAUUUAAAUGUUCGUGUACAUGAUCAUGAUGAUGCUGAUUUAUUAAAAGAAUGGGAAAAAACAUUUCGAUUUAUAAAUGAAGCAAAAACAAAUAAUCAAUGUUGUUUAGUUCAUUGUAAAAUGGGUAUUAGUCGUUCUGCUUCAACGGUAUUAGCAUAUCUAAUGAAAGAAAAUAAUCAUUCACUAAUUGAUGCUUUGGAAUAUGUAAAAACACGACGAUCAUGUAUAAAUCCAAAUGGUGGAUUUCGAAAUCAAUUAGUUAUUUAUGAAGGAAUAUUAGCAGCACAUAAAACAUUUCGAAGUAAAUUAAAUGAUAAUCAAAUAACAACAAUUGAUAAAAAAAAUUCAAUUAUACCAAUAAGUAAAACUGAAAGUGUACCAUCAACACCUAUUGAAUCAUUACCAUCUUUGUCAACAGAUUUAAUGGUAAUGAUGAGAAAAAAAUCAUCGAAUAAAUUCAAUUGUGUAACCAAACGUCCAAAUUCAAUGGUUUAA